AUGCCCCAAGACGCCGUCGAACACUACUACGCGGCUCACAAGCUUGUAGAGAGGGUUGAGGAUUGGGCGAAAGAGGUUAGCAUCGCCACAGAAGACACGGAGUUGGCUGCGCCCAUCAAUCCUGAGGCCAAGGUGCCUCGCAUAAUCAGGUCCUUGCUCGAGCAACACGAAGAAGCCCGGCUUAUUAUGGAUCUAAUUGAGGAACAGCUCUUGAAACUCAACUAUGAGCUUCCACAGAAAGGAUUCACUGCGCCCACUUCUUCUAAGUACGGUGGCUCGAGCCAUCGAGGAGGGUCACACCGUGAGUACCUCGCGGAAGACUCUGAUGCUCAGGUUUGCCCACCGGGGGAGAUCUGGCCGUACAUUCCGUUGGGCAGUGAUUCUGGGGACUCGUCUAAAAAGAAGAAGAAGAAAAGCAAGAGACCCAAGACCGAGGAGGAAAAGGAUCGGCAUAUCAACAAGGUUUUCAUCCGUGAGAACGGAAUUCUUCCCUUGUUGGAUCCUAGCGCACAGCUUUGA